UCUUUUUGCAUGGAGAUCAGCUGAUAGUAACCCGUGGCUUUUAAACAGUACAUACGAAUUGUAGAAUUUUGUUAUUAUAUCUAUGACUAAACGUCAGACGCGAGUUUAAAUUUGGUUAGACCACCCAAGAAUGAGUAUAAGCCGUAUAACACUCGGACUCUGACCUGAAGGUAUCGUUUGGGGCACUAGAUCAAGUUAAAGCAGAUUUGAGAAUGGAAAAUGAAACCCCUAAGGCUGAAAGUAGUGAGGCGUCAAAGUCGACGUCAGUUGCUAGCGAGACUCCUACAAAGCCUGAGGAAAAAGAGUCCCUCGAAGAACGGUAUAACAAGUUUCGAAUUUAUGCCGUCAAGUUAAGACACAAGGUCUCUGAUCUCACUGAACAGCUUCAAAAAUCCGAAGCUGAGAAGAAUAAAAUUAUAUCAGACAAAGAAGAACUUCAAAAUCGAAUUAUUCAAAUUUCAGAUAAUGCCAAGAAAUUACAGACAAUUCAGUCUGAGUACGACAAGGUACAGGACAACUUGGAACAGGUGAAAGAUGAGAACAAGAAGUUGUCGAAGAAUCUGGAGAGUUUGUGCAUGGAUAACUCGUCCUUGAAAGAGACUUUAUAUGAAAAAAAAGACACAAUCACUCGUUUGACUACUGAAGUUGAUCGUUUCACCAAGGAGCAGUCUAGACUCGAAACUCUUGUCAAACAAUGUCAAGAUACAAUAAAAGAGUUGAAGGACGAGAGAAAAGCGGAAAUAAUGAUCAGAGAACAGAAAGAUAAAGAAUAUGAAGAAAUGAAAAUUAGCCUCAACUUGGAGAAAGAAGCUCACAAAACAACUAAGGCUAAACUUGAGGCUACAAAGCAAGAAUGUAAUACCAAAAGUGUCCUUUCCUUAGAACUGCACAAUUAUGAGAAAAGUGUCGAAGACUUGAAAACAAAGCUUGAAGAUGAAUCUUCUAAGCGAAACAACGUGCAAAAAACUGUGGACAAACAUUUGGAAACAAUUUCAAACUUGGAAAGGCAAAUCUCAGAGCUGAAAGACACUUGCCUCGCAAAAGCUAAUCAGAUUACUGUCUUGGGUGAAAAAAACGAAGCUAUUAAGCAGGAAAUGUGUGAAAUCAAACGGAAAGCCGAAGAUGAAAAAAAGAUAAUGGAUAAAUUGAAUAACGAACUGAAAAUAUUGUCUCAAGAAAAACACGAACUAUCUACGAAGAUAAAUAAUCUAACGUCUGAACUAGACAUCGCUAUGAAUGAUGCGAAGUAUCAAAAGAGACAAUUCGAUGGACAGAUCAAAACCUUGGAAUCUGAAAUAACAAGGCUGAAUGCUGUUAUUGUAAGGGGGCACCAGGAGCUAGAGGCAUUGCAUGAAGAGUUCACAGGGUAUAAGUUACGGGCACAAAGUGUACUCAGAACAAAGCAAAGUCAGGGUAAGGAUGGCGGAAGAAGCAUAGUAGAAGUUGAAGAGGAACUUGAACAUGCUCGGACACACGCUGCCCUACUUCGUGAUAAACUAGAUUCCUAUACAUUACAGAUCGAGAAUCUCCGAAGAGAAAUUGCUGUUGUGGAAGAGGAACGAAAUCAUGCAAUACAAAAUGAACAAGAAUGCAAUCAAAAAAUAUCAAUGCUGCGUCAAGAACUUUCAUCGGUAACAGAACAGUUGCGUUCCAGUGCUAAUAAAAUUCAGGAAAUGGAACGCCAGCACAAAGAGGAAAUAGACUCAAUACAAACUACGCACAAGCAUGAAACAUUUGAGUUGGAAGAGAAGUACCGUCAAGAGUUUCAGAAUAUGCAGAUGGAAAAACAGAAAAUAAUCCUUGAGGGAUUAAACGACACUAAAAUUAAUAAAAAUUAUUCCGAUAAAUCUGUAGAACAUUAUUCGGAGCUCGAGCAUGAUCCUAGAUCGUCAGGAAUAGCACUUCUGGAAAGAGAAGAAGGAGAGGGAUCUGAAAGUGUAGAUUCAUCCUCCUCACUAGUAGUCAACACAGAAAAGCAUCGCAAGCACCCUCUGAUGUCACUCGAUGAGUUACUCAAUUCCCCAGACGAUUAUCACACGACUGUAAUGCCACCGAUGUCUCUAACCGUAGACCGCCAGACUUACGAAGUGUGUGAACGACGUGUUAAGCAUUUAACAGUACUGCUAGCUGAUGCAGAGAGAGAUAUUGCUAAGCUGACACAGCUUAACCAGCUUCUCAAAGAAGAUAUUCGGACACAACAGCGUAGCAUAGAGAGAGAAAAACAUGGAAACAACUUUGAAUACCUGAAAAAUAUCGUUUUCAAGUUUAUCACACUGAAGAAUGGAGAUGAGCGCAGUCAUCUUAUACCUGUACUUAAUACUAUACUUAAACUAAGCCCUGAGGAAACUCAAAAGCUCAAUGCUGUUGCAGGAGUAUCUGGACGAAACUGGAUUCCAGGGAUUCCAAUACCAGGCUGGAAUCACUACUAGGUUAAUUAAACUUCCUAUUACCAGUAUUGAAAUGCCUGUAAUUAUGCCAUUUGUAUGUAUAUAACAUUUAUAACUUAACUAGAUCA